AUGCAGGUCCCCGUCAUACAACUGUUUUGUGGUAGUUUGAGUCCCGAACCUUGGCAUGAUGGCUCUAUCGGUGUUUGUUGGUUCGAAAUUCACGUUUUCAUCCCUGUCUUAGUUCUUUUCAUCUUUUUAUCACUUAUAUACUGUGCUAUCGUAUGGAAACAUCUCGCUUUUGAUAAUCUCUACUGUUCAGUACUUUAUUUCCGGGUUGCGGUGGAUGUAACUAUCAUUACUAAUAGCUGUGUGACUGUCGUUCUUUCAUUUCUGCUUCCAUAUUACAAGGAAGGUUUUGCAAUCAACUCACGCUUUGUUGUAAUACACAAUUUGCUGACGGCGAUUCUCUGGGUUACAACACUUGUUUUUGAUUUUCUCCAUGGAAAAGCCCUUAAAUAUUCGUCUAGAGGUCCUUUAUUGCAUCUGUUGUUUUUUAUUGUAUACCUGUUUUGCUGCGUCAUUAAUUGUUGGUUCUUUGUGGCAGAAAUCGAUGAGUUAUGGAAACCUUUCAUCAUCACCAACUGCUAUAUUCACGUAUUUUUGUUAUGCUUGCAUGCCUUUUCCAAGGUGCCGAUUUUUUAUCCUACAGAAGAACCUAGACGUAGGACAGCUAGGAUCUACAGAGAAAGUCUUCGAAUUCAACAACCAGCUGUAUUAAAUGGAGUGGAAAAUAUCACACAAAAUGUGAAGUGCGAAGAUCAGGCUUCAUAUCCAUCAAGACUAUUUUUCUGUUGGGUGGGCGACUUGGUACGCAGUGGCUAUUAUGGUGAAUUAUAUUCGCUUAGGAACUUGCCUACAUUGCCAAAAUGCCUCAAUACGUACCUUUUAGAAUCAAAGCUUCCCAAACUGGAAUUUCAAUCUGAAAAUGACAGCAGAAAACUCCAGCAGCUUUUGGAACGGUUAGAUCUGGAAUAUUCUGUAAAAACAUCUGUGCCUCUGUUGAAGAUAUUUUCUAAAAAGUUCGGUCGGGAAUUCUUGUUUCUUGGUUUGCUAAAACUCCUAUUGAGUUGUUUUAGUCUUUGUAGCCCUGUAGUACUAAAUCACUUUAUUGUGAACAUAACAAACUCCGAGAAUUCUUGGUCCUGUAUACUUUCUGGCCUUGGGUUGAUCUUAUUGUCUUGUAAGAUAGCUCUUUUAGGCACAUCCUACAAUUACAGAAUGGCUAUUUUUAACUUCAAAGUUAGAGUGAGUGUAAGUGGAAUGGUGUAUAGAACUAUUUUAUCCCUAAAAUCCUCAUCUCUGAGCGCUAUUGGAACUGGAAGUUUGGUUAAUUACUUAACAUCUGAUGCUGAUCGAAUAAUUAAUUUGGCACCUAGUGUACACGAAGUUUGGGCUAUGCCUCUCCAAUUAUGUGUUGCGAUCGCACUACUUUAUCGUCAACUUGGACUUGCUUGCCUGGUGGGUAUCGGCUUCUUAAUCGUGUUAACUCCUCUAAAUCGCCUUUUGGCGUCUCAAAUUGGAAAGUUUAGUCGCCGUCUGAUGUUGUUCAAAGACACAAGGAUUAAGUUAAUGUCUGAAUUCCUGUCAAAUAUGCUAUCAGUUAAACUAGCCUGUUGGGAGAAUUUAAUGAAAAGUCGAGUAAUGCAUUCUCGAGUUGAAGAGAUGAAAGCACUACGUGGUCAAAAGCUGUUAGAUGCUUGUUGUGUAUUCUUUUGGGCAGUAUGCCCUGCACUAUUAGCAAGUUCAACGUUUGCAACUUAUGCAGCUAUGGGUAAUGAAUUGAAUGCUUCCACAGUAUUUCCUAGUCUUGCAUUAUUUGGUAUGUUAAUUGGUCCAAUGAACGCCUUUCCUUGGGUUAUUAAUGGUGUUAUGGAAGCAACUGUAUCUAUUCAGCGUAUUAUGAAACUGUCCUACUUAUCACAAGGUCCAUUUCCAGUAGAAUUGACUACUACAUCACUUUCUGACACUGGUACACCAACAGAUGAAUAUCCGAUUGUAUGUUCUUUUGCCGAGAAAUCUACAAUUAGUAUGCCAGUCAGUAUUGUGAAUGAAUCAUUUUAUUAUACUGAUCCUGACAAAUUAGUACUGAAGAAUAUCAGUCUUCAAGUGCAAUGGGGAGAAUUGAUCUGUGUUACUGGGCCAGUGGGUUCUGGCAAAUCAUCUCUACUCCUAAGUAUUUUGGGUGAACUACAAGCAAUUACUCCUGAAAAUGAGCUCAGAAAUCAAAAUUCACGACUUCGAUAUGCCUAUGUCGGACAAACUCCCUGGCUUCAUGCUGGAACUAUACGAGAAAAUAUUCUAUUUGGUUCUAAUUAUGAUCCAACAUGGCUGAAUACUGUAAUUGAAGCCUGUGCUUUAGUAUCUGAUUUGGCCAACCUACCUCAUGAUGUUAGCCAACUGGUGGCUAACAAUUGUCUACUUGGUCUUCUGUCGGGAAAGACUCGAAUUAUUGUCACACAUCAAUUGGACUGGUUUAUGAAUACUACUGAUAGUGGAAAUGCUGCAGUGGACUUUAUUGUUGAAUUAAAAGAUGGAACUAUCAACCGAAGAAUUCCAGGCAAUCCGAACUCUUUGCAUAACUCCAAUCCCCUGUAUCAAUCUACUAGUCAAAUCAAUACUGUUUCAGGUCAUGAUGAUGAGUCCGGAUUAUUCAGUCACAAUGAUGACCAUAACAAUAAGGAAAAUGGUAUUCACACUAUCGAUCAUGAAUCCUCAGUGCAAAUUGAUGAUGAUGGCGAUGAUGUACCGUUAAUUGACACUAAAGCUGAUAUUACCGCUGGCACAUCUGAGUUAAACCAUAACAAUCUAGAGAAUGGUGAUAAUAAUAAUAACGAUGUAACUAUGGAACAUAUAGCAAUGGGUUCAAUUAGUCCUCAUGUAUACAAGUCAUAUAUUCGUGCUGUUGGUUAUGUUCUGACUCUUGCUGUCAUUGUCUCCCUGUUAUUGAUGCAAGGUACUCGAAAUGCAUCGGAUUGGUGGUUAUCACGUUGGGUACAACAGAAUGGAAAUUUAUCUUCAUCAUCAUUAUUCAAGGGAAUGAUGACAUAUUCAAGCAAUUCAUUUCUUCCAGUUCAUUCUAUAAACUAUAAAGCUUUCAAUUUACACUCUAAACAUGAUUCACAUCUAAUUAACUACAAUCAUCCAUCUACUCUUAAUGAUAUGCAAAAAAAUAAUAUGUAUCAUUUGAAUACUACUACUUUGUAUUAUCUAAAGAUUUAUUCAAUUAUCGUGGCUAGUAAUAUACUCGCUACUGUAUUUCGUGCUGUUUCAUUCGCUUUCGGUGGCUUGGUAGCAGCAUCAGUUAUUCAUGAAUCUGCGUUGGAUACAAUUCUAGAGGGACGACUGAAUUACUUUGAUAGUACACCACUAGGUCGUAUUGUCAAUCGUUUUUCAUCUGAUGUUGGCACUGUGGACGAUGCGUUACCGUUCCAGUUGAAUAUACUGUUGGCUAGUUUAGCUGGAUUAUUGGGAGCAUUAUUUAUUGUUUGUGUAUCCUUGCCAACUUUAAUCUUUUUCCUGUUACCGCUUGUAUUUAUAUUUUGGUCUAUUCAAAGACAAUAUCGUGGAGCUGCUAGAGAUUUGAAAAGAAUAUCAAGAGAAUUCAACUUCAGUGUUAUUAAUCAUCUUGAAUUUGUUUAUAUUCGACGAAGAAAGCGUCUCCACUGGGACUAUGAAGAAAUUAGGCAGCAGACGAGAAAAAUCACCAAACAUCCGAGAUUGUUGUAUGCAGAAUUACCAGUCGAAAUCGUGAUCCCCUAAAAUAUCAUAUUCUGUAACCCAUAAGUGACCAAUACUAUUUAAGUCAUUGAUUCAAAACACUUUUAUCAAUAGUCAUAGGAGGUAAUUCUUAUCCGUGAUUUCUCCUCUAAUUGUGUUCAGCUAAAUCUACCAAUAAGAACGUGAUGCUGACAUGGUGUUCAUUGUUUAUCAGUCAAUAUCUAAAGUGUUGGUUUGUAGGAUUUGAUUGGUUACAGGAUUUCAUCA